CACGAAUCCAAGAAUCCAAGAUCACACUUUCUUUAGCGUAUCUCGUCUCUUGGUACUGUAUGCUCUCCCGGAGAGUGCCUCGCGCUUUAUCGGGUCUCUUGUCAUGUUCCCGUUUUAUAUCGAGGAACUGGAGAAGACGGCUGUUCUCUUCUUCGUCACGUGAUGGAGGUAUUAAAACAUGGGAGGUUAGGUGUGGAUCUGCUGGUUGGAUUACUGUAGACAUCUACAAUGCUCAUCUCCUCAUCGCGCCCACAAACCCCCUAAUCCUCUACCUUCCACCCACCGGUGCCCACCUCCGACACAUCCAUCCUGAAGUUCCGCCUUUCCUUCUCUCCAAUCCAAACAUCCUCAGCACACAAAAGCACCAGUAUCCGCUCGCACGAAUCAACUACCGCUGGAACAUCCCUCAUCCAGUUCCAGGCUCACCCCACCUCCUGUCUACCUCUCCCAAGUUCGCCAACCAUGCAUUCCCUACCCCUCUCCAUGACACCCUACAUGCCUACACCUGGCUCACUACUUCCUUUCUACCAACUUUCACCGCCGGCCGGGAUGACUCCUCUUCACCGCCCCGCUCACCCUCACCCUACGCAGCUGUGUCCUCGUACACAGCACCUCCACGCACGCCUCCAAGACCUCUCAUAAUCUACGGCUCCUUCCUCGGCGGAACACUCGCCACCUCCCUCGCUCUGACAGAAUCGCAUACCAGACCUCAGGGCGGGGUCUCAAUCCACGGCGUCAUAAUCCACAAUGGCAUCUUCGACUGGACCGUUGCCGCAACCAGCAAACCCCCCACCCCCACCCCCUCUCACCUCUCGAACCAAGCCAGCAGCACAAGAGAGCAACAAGAGCUCCUAGAAACCGGAGCUCAAGGAUGGGAUUUCCACACUCUUCACCGAUUAAAAGAGAAGCUGUUCUCUAACCCCUCUAGCGCAUUCGACGCCUUCGCCUCCCCGAUCCUAUUCUUCCGCUCCUCAGGCCUCGCAAUCCCAUCCCACUUCCCCGGCACCGAGCCCGUCGCACCUCCCAUAGACGACGCCAUUCUCGGCGGACUCUCGCUCUCCGACGAGGAACUCGCCGCUUUGCGCGAACGCCACGGAGCCCCAUCCCCAUCCUCAUCUUCCUCAAGCUCAGAAGAAGAAGAAGCUCUCCUCCCUUCCACCCCGCGCAAAUCCCCGCUCAAAUUCCCCCCCACCGACUCGAACCUCCGCAUACCUAACUCUCUAUUCCUCACCUCUCCCACUCCGUCAACCGAGGAAGAACCCACCACUCUUGAGAUGCAGCGUCAGGCGCAUGAGCUAGCCACUGCCAUGCGGCGCAGUAUCGUAAUGCAUGAGUUUAGAGCAAGGAAGGGGGGUCGAGAGAUAGAGGCGCAUGCGCGGAGUGAGGAGCGGGUUAGGGUGUGUGAAGUGCGGGAGACGGAGAUGGAGAUUGGGAAUGUGGUUGGUGAGUGGAUGGAGGGGAGGGUGUAAGUUGGGCGGGGGACGGGGGCUUGUAUACUUAUAAUGAACCACAUGUCACAUUACGAGAUCAAGGAGAAGAG